AUGCCCAUUUACCCCACCCAAUCCACCCUGCCCACCAAACCACCCAUUUACCCCACCCAUCUAUACCACCCCGUUAUCCUACCCUUCUUCCCAAACCCAUUAUCCUGCCCAAUACCCCACCCCAUCCACCCUGCCCAUCAUCCUACCCUUCAAACCCACCCCAUCGUCAUGCCCAUCUACCCCAGCCCGUCCACCCCACCCCCAUCAUCCUACCCUUCAAACCCUACCCAUCAUCCUGCCCAUUACCCCACCCCAACAUCCUACCCUUCAUACCCACUCAAUUAUCCUGCCCAUUACCCCACCCCAUCCACCCUUCAAACCCACUCCAUCAUCCUACCCAUAUACCCCACCACCUCAUCCUACCCUUCUUUCCCAUCCCAUUAUCCUCCCCAUCUACCCAACCAUCCCACCACCUUAUCCUACCCUUCUUUCCCACCCCAUUAUCCUCCCCAUCUACCCUACCCCAUCCAUCCCACCACCUCAUCCCACCCUUCUUUUCCACCCCAGUAUCCUCCCAAUCCAUCCCACCACCUUAUCCUACCCUUCUUUCCCACCCCAGUAUCCUCCCCAUCCAUCCCACCAUCUCAUCCUAACCUUCUUUCCCACCCCACUAUCCUCCCCAUCUACCCUACCCCAUCCAUCCCACCACCUUAUCCUACCCUUCUUUCCCACCCCAUUAUCCUCCCCAUCUACCCUACCCCAUCCAUCCCACCACCUCCUCCUACCCUUCUUUCCCACCCCACUAUCCUCCCCAUCUACCCAACCCCAUCCAUCCCACCAUCUCAUCCUACCCUUCUUUCCCACCCCAUUAUCCUAUCCAUCUACCUCACCCCACCCACCCCACCCCUCAUCCUCACCAUCUCAGCCCAUCAUCCCAUCGCAUCAACCCAACCCAUUUCCCCAUUUCUUCAAAGGGAUGGUGCAGUACAUGCAUGA